AUGUCCCAACAAUUGCAUCAGAAGCCGCAGGAAACCAUCGCUUUUCCGAUGGGUUCGAUUGCAUUGACAACAUUGCAUCCGGCAACUCAAGGAAUACCUUUACCCAAAAUAGGCACCCUUAUACCAAACCGGAUUUUUGUUGGUGGAAUUAAUUCGAAUGUAAAGCUCGUAUUCCGUUUUGAAUCCCAUCCUUCACAGACCACGGAGGAUGAACUACGAAGCUUUUUCUCCGUGUUUGGCGCGAUAAAAGAUGUGAAAGUAAUCUAUGACAAAUCCGGAUUGUCCAAGGGUAGUUAUGGAUUUGUCACAUUUGAAGAUCAAGAAACAGCGGAGGCUAUCAUAAAGAAUGAGGCUGAAACCCUAAUCUUCAAAGAACGAAAACUGAAUAUUGGAUAUGCGGUAAGGAAACAGUCAGCCGUGUGUUAUCCAGCCACUGUCAUGAUCUCUCCGAACAUGGGCACGCACGACCUAUGCACUAUUCUGUCUGGUACAAUGCACAGCACAGCUCAGUCAAUGCAACACACAGCAUCGCCCAUUGUCAAACCAGGCUCUAUCCCAUGUGGUGCGAAGGGAAUGAUGUGUUCUCAUUUGAUUCCGACCACCGGAUCCAUUCCCUUGGGGUGCACUAUGAUGUCCAAUCCGAGCAACACGUCAAAUCAUUCUAUGUGCCUCUCAAGCGGAACAUGUCUCGCCACGGAUCAGUGCGAGUCGAAAACAAUCAUGGUUGAUGCUCAACUGAAUACACCGGUACAUCAUCACGGGAGUUCGAACGAUCUGAAACAAGACGUUUGCCUGAUGGGCUCGAAAUUGCGAAACAGCACACAACAAACCACAACCGGUCGAUCUUCCAUCCCAUCGGACACAAUUGGCUCGUGGCUCGAAACGCAAAGUUCUAAUCCGGCAAGACAAUACUCAGAGUCGGUUUGUCCAGCUGUUCGACACAAUUCCGACUCGAUAAGCCAUUUAUUUUGUGCGGUCGGCAAAGAUAUAAUGUCUCACACACCCUCAAUACAGUUGACCGAAAAUCAUUUAACUGCUGCUCCCGGAUCCAGAGCUCCGAUGGAGAACAUGAUAAUCACCUGUUGUCCCGAUUCCACACAUACCAAUACAGUGCCAAUGAUUACACGUUCUGCUUCCUUUCCCGAACGACAACCACCGGUGCGAAUGUCUAUGACAAGUGAGACUGGAAGAAGUGGUGCACAUCUGUUACAGCCCGAUUGUCUGUUGCGUGCCGGGAAUUUCAAGGAAUCGUCCACCUGUGCAGAUGUCCAACACACAGGAGAGGGAAGUCCAUCGAGAAUUCAGAUUCCAAAUUUCGAGCUCAAAUUGGAGCCACUCAUUUUCAACAAUAUCAAUGAUAGACAAGAGAUGUGGGCGACAAAAUCACAGGUGAGAUGUAAAAACAUAUUUUAG